UGUGGCUGCAGGACAGACUUUGGCUGCUGCCUCCUAGAACGUCGUUCCGAUCCCUUUAAAGGUGGGAUCAUGACGAGGAUGCGGGGGAAGAAGGCGGGAGCCGAGGGCUAGAGAGUGUCGGUUGACAUAGUAACUCUUCAGCUCCGUCUCCCUUGCUCUCCGCUCUCAGGCUCCGCUGCCACCCGCCGCCCCGCCUGUGCUCGCUCGGCCAGGGAGCCCCGGCCACCUCUUCGCGGGGUCCCCUCGGCCGGACGCGCUAAAGUCAAGGUUCCUUUGGUGACCUCCCUAAGUGGUUACUUCUCCCCGGGACAGGGUGGGAGCCACUCGCGGAGCUCAAACGGCCGGGCGCCCGCAACCCCUGCCUCACCCUCGUUCCCUGGGCACUAGUCUGCCCCGGGCCAGUCCAGCGGGUGACGGGGACCCCUCCGCACCGGGUCCCCACUGGAACUGCCAACGCACCUCCCCCAGGAGCAGGACCUUGGCCAGUCGGGCGUUCCCGCCAUGAACCAGAGUCCAGCGUUCGGGCCCCGGAGAGGCGGCUCUCCCCGGGUCGCGGCCGGGGCCGGCGCGCGACGCAACGAGAGCCAGGACUAUCUGCUCAUGGACUCGGAGCUGGGAGACGACGGCUGCCCGCAGCCUCCGCUGCCUCCCUACGGCUACUACCCGUCCUUCCGGGGUACAGACAACAGACUGGCCCACCGGCGGCAGACAAUUCUCCGUGAGAAGGGAAGAAGGUUGGCUAAUCGAGGACCAGCAUACAUGUUUAAUGAUCACUCAACAAGCUUAUCUAUUGAGGAGGAACGCUUUUUAGAUGCAGCUGAAUAUGGCAACAUCCCAGUGGUGAGGAAGAUGUUAGAAGAAUGUCUCUCACUCAACGUUAACUGUGUGGAUUACAUGGGCCAGAAUGCCCUGCAGUUGGCAGUGGCCAAUGAGCAUCUGGAAAUUACAGAACUUCUUCUCAAGAAAGAAAACCUCUCUCGUGUUGGGGAUGCCUUGCUUCUAGCUAUCAGUAAAGGUUAUGUUCGGAUUGUGGAAGCCAUUCUCAGUCAUCCAGCUUUUGCAGAAGGCAAGAGGUUAGCAACCAGCCCCAGCCAGUCUGAACUCCAGCAAGAUGAUUUUUAUGCCUAUGAUGAAGAUGGGACACGAUUCUCCCAUGAUGUGACUCCAAUUAUUCUGGCUGCCCACUGCCAGGAAUAUGAAAUUGUGCAUACCCUCUUGCGGAAGGGUGCUCGGAUUGAACGGCCCCAUGAUUAUUUCUGCAAGUGCAGCGAAUGCAACCAGAAACAGAAGCAUGACUCCUUUAGUCACUCCAGAUCUAGGAUUAAUGCCUAUAAAGGCCUGGCAAGUCCCGCUUACCUGUCGUUGUCUAGUGAAGAUCCAGUCAUGACAGCUUUAGAACUUAGCAAUGAGCUGGCAGUGCUGGCCAACAUCGAGAAAGAGUUCAAGAAUGACUACAAAAAACUGUCAGUGCAGUGCAAAGAUUUUGUUGUUGGACUCCUUGAUCUGUGCAGAAACACUGAAGAAGUGGAGGCCAUUCUGAAUGGGGAUGUUGAGAUACGCCACAGUGGUGGAGAUCGCGGUCGUCCAAAUCUCAGCCGUUUAAAACUUGCCAUUAAAUAUGAAGUAAAAAAAUUUGUAGCUCAUCCAAACUGUCAACAGCAGCUUCUCUCCAUCUGGUACGAGAAUCUCUCUGGUUUGCGGCAGCAGACGAUGGCAGUCAAGUUUCUCGUGGUCCUCGCCGUUGCCAUUGGACUGCCCUUCUUGGCUCUCGUUUACUGGCUUGCUCCAUGCAGCAAGAUGGGGAAGAUCAUGCGUGGACCAUUCAUGAAGUUCGUAGCACACGCAGCCUCCUUCACCAUUUUUCUGGGACUGCUAGUCAUGAACGCAGCUGACAGAUUUGAAGGCACCAAGCUCCUUCCUAAUGAAACCAGCACAGAUAAUGCAAAACAGCUGUUCAGGAUGAAAACAUCCUGCUUCUCGUGGAUGGAGAUGCUCAUUAUAUCCUGGGUAAUAGGCAUGAUAUGGGCUGAAUGUAAAGAAAUUUGGACUCAAGGCCCCAAGGAAUACUUGUUUGAGUUGUGGAAUAUGCUUGAUUUUGGUAUGUUAGCAAUCUUUGCAGCAUCAUUCAUUGCAAGAUUCAUGGCAUUUUGGCAUGCUUCCAAAGCCCAGAGCAUCAUUGAUGCAAAUGAUACUUUGAAGGACUUGACCAAAGUCACAUUGGGAGACAAUGUGAAAUACUACAAUUUGGCCAGGAUAAAGUGGGACCCUUCUGAUCCUCAAAUUAUAUCUGAAGGUCUUUAUGCAAUUGCUGUAGUUCUAAGUUUCUCUAGAAUAGCUUAUAUUUUACCAGCAAAUGAAAGCUUUGGGCCUCUGCAGAUAUCACUGGGAAGAACAGUGAAAGACAUCUUCAAGUUCAUGGUCAUAUUCAUCAUGGUGUUUGUGGCCUUUAUGAUCGGAAUGUUCAACCUCUACUCCUACUACAUUGGUGCAAAACAAAAUGAAGCCUUCACCACGGUGGAGGAGAGUUUUAAGACACUAUUCUGGGCUAUCUUCGGACUUUCUGAAGUGAAAUCAGUGGUCAUCAACUAUAAUCACAAAUUCAUUGAAAACAUUGGUUAUGUUCUUUAUGGAGUCUAUAAUGUUACAAUGGUCAUUGUUUUGCUAAAUAUGUUAAUUGCAAUGAUCAACAGUUCAUUCCAGGAAAUUGAGGAUGAUGCUGAUGUGGAAUGGAAAUUCGCAAGGGCCAAACUUUGGUUUUCCUACUUUGAAGAGGGAAGAACUCUUCCUGUUCCCUUCAACCUGGUGCCAAGUCCAAAGUCCUUGUUUUAUCUCUUACUGAGGCUUAAAAAGUGGAUUUCUGAGCUCUUCCAGAGUCAUAAAAAAGGUUUCCAGGAAGACCCAGAAAUGAACAAGAGAAAUGAAGAAAAGAAAUUUGGAAUUUUGGGAAGUCAUGAAAAUCUCUCAAAAUUAUCACUUGACAAAAAACAGCUUGGGCACAGUAAACAGUCAAGUAUAAGGAGUUCAGAAGAUUUCCAGUUAAAUAGUUUCAAUAAUCCUCCAAGACAGUAUCAGAAAAUAAUGAAGAGGCUCAUUAAAAGAUAUGUACUAAAAGCCCAGAUAGAUAAGGAGAGUGAUGAAGUGAACGAAGGGGAACUGAAGGAAAUUAAGCAGGACAUCUCAAGUCUCCGCUAUGAACUCCUUGAAGAAAAAACUCAGAAUUCAGAAGACCUAGCAGAACUUAUUAGAAAACUUGGGGAGAAAUUAUCAAUGGAACCAAAUCAGGAGGAAAGCAAUAGAUAAUGCAAAGACUUCCUUUAAAAUCCAUAUUUAUUUGUCCACUUGAAGCCAUAUUAUUUUUUGAUUUAUUUUUUUAAGUGCCAAUACGACCACCUUUUACACAAGAAAAAGUUCAAAGAUGAUUGGGUCAUCCUAUCAUCUGGAACCCUAAUAUUUAAUAUUUUUGGUGAUUAAAUUUCAUUGUUCAGCUAAAGAUUUCAGAUUAUGAUGAACAUUAUGCCCAGUUGUUGGUGCUUGUUUUAUAAACUGCUUUCUUGAGCAUAACUAUUGUCAUGAUGUGGUUGUCAUGUAAUGUCUGCCUGGAAAUCAUCUCAGUUGGCAGGGGCAGACGCACCAUACUAUGGUAUUUCUCCUGAUGUGAUUUCAGGGACCUUCUUGCCUGCUCUGUGGAUCCCCUGAUGGUGACUUCCAGCCCUAAAAUCUAGAGAAAAAUAAUCUAUGGCCAUUUAUAGAAUGCUGUUUAAUCAUUUACCCUGCUAAGCUCCCUCCUCUCCCACCUGCCCCAGGAUACAAUUGGUAAUGUCUGUGCAAAGUGGAAUUAAAUCUUUCCUAAAUUUUCUGGUUCAUCUCUUUGAAAAUGCUACACUUAACAGUGAAAAAGUGCUUCCUCCACUGAAUCCUGGAAACAUGGUUCAGUUGUGUGUGGGGGUGUGUGUGUGCACACGCACCUGCACAUAGGAGCGUGAAAUGCUUUCCCUGUUUUCUUUUGAAGCCAGUAUUGACACUCAGAAGCUCUUUGUUAUAUUUUUUUUUUAUUGUGACUGAAAAAUCGUUGACCAAAUAAGAACCCUUUCUUGGAGAAGUAUCAAAGCCACAAAUAAUUGUGGCUGUUUGGUUCAGUUAUAGCAUAAUUUUAUGCCAUCUCUGAAGGCAUUUACAGGUGAAUUCCCACAUUUGGCAUCGAAUGUAAAGGAAAAAAAGUGCUGAGGGAACUUGCAACUACUUCUCCGUUAUUCUCAGUAUGUUCUACCACCCUCUCAAAAUACAUAUAACAAGAAUUUGCAUGAUGAGCAUUCGUCAGGAGGUUGUCAUGACUUACUGAUGAUGUGAGGCACGACCCGAAACAGCUAAAACAGAGAAAUGAAGGCUCAUCUGUUCAACUACUCAAAGACUAUGAACAUUUCAAUGAUACUGGCUGUUAAGUGGAAGUGCCACUUUAAGUUCAAUAAAGAGAGGCUUCAAAAGCAAAUUUUAAACUUCAUCCUAAAGAUAAAAUGGUCACAGAAAAUCUGGUUAGCCCCAGCUUUGAUGUAAUUUAAAUCCGAGGACUUUUAUGUAACCAGAUCAGAAAAUAUAGCUGAAAUUGUAUAUUCAGUGAUUUCAUAUUCGUGGGUAUUAUUUAUUGAGAAGUUAGUUAGUGAUACGGAAAAGGUCUGUUUUCAAGUGUUUUGUGACAUUUGAAUGAAAAGUUGUAAAAAUCAACCUCAUACCAAAUGCACCAUCACAAAUUAAAAUAACUAACAUCCACAUAGUUUGUGUGCUGUGCCGUGCAAGAGGUUGGCCUCUGUGCCAUGGAGGGCUCUAUGACAGCCAAAGGGCUUGACUCCAGAAGACUCUAGAAAAGAUAUUCAGAUUCCUCAGUGUCUUUUAAGGUGGGUUGACUUGACAAGACAUAAGUUCUGGGAAAUGCAACAGGCACGACUGGGUUCCUCAGUAAAAGGCAUUACUAUCAAGUGCCACCUGUUAUUGUUCAAAGUUAAUAUGUCUUGAAGUGCGCAGAUUUUCCUUAAAGUGCAGGUGAAUUAGCACCUCUUCUAAUUUCCUUUAAAUUGGAAGAUGAAAAGAGAAAUCAACUGUACUUUAAGAAAGGUUUACAAAAUUCCAACAAGAGCUUAAAGGUAUAUUGUCAGAGGAUGGUCAUAAGCAUGACCAUCUUUCAUAAGGUUCAAGGCCACUGGCUUUAAAUCCUGUAUUCAUGUCAGCUUAACUUUUUAAAAUAAAGUGACUAAUAAGUUGAAAUGUAUAUCCAAACUGCACUCUCCCUCUCUCUCUCUCUGUCAUAUUUCCCCUCUCAGAUUUGGUGCUUUCUGGAGGUUUGGGUACC